AUGAUGGCUUGGCUAGAAAUCAACCAACCCAUCGAACAGGCUGGCUUUCGACGCAACUUUUCCACUUUAGAUCACAUUCACGUCAUUAACCAAUUGGUAGAGAAAAGCCUUGAGUACAAUUUUCCGCUGUACAUAGCUUUCGUUGACUACUCGAAAGCGUUUGAUUCUGUGGAACAUAACAUGAUAUGGACGUCACUACAUCGACAAGGAGUUCAUCCAAAGAUAAUUCGUCUUCUUUCGAACAUCUACACAUCUGCUUCUGUAACAUUUGAAAUAUGUGGUAAUCAAGUUCCUAUCAACGCUAGACGAGGUGUUCGACAGGGAGACCCAAUCUCUCCCUCCCUCUUCACUGCCGUUUUGGAAACCGUCUUCCGUAGCCUAGAUUGGAGAAACAGAGGUAUCAACAUAAAUGGGCUCCGUUUAAGUCAUCUCAGGUACGCUGAUGAUGUAGCUCUCUUCGCGCACAAACCACAAGAACUCGAAUUAAUGCUACAAGAAAUGAGCGACAAAAGCCAAAUUGUGGGACUGAGAAUGAAUUUCUCUAAGACUCUUGUCAUGACCAAUUCCGAAGAAAUACCGAUCUCAACUGAUGGAUCUCCUAUACAUUACUGCAGCAACUUUGUUUAUCUUGGUCAAUUCAUAUCCUUUGAUAGGAAUCUAACAACUGAGCUAAAUAGGCGAAUUCGCUCUGGCUGGAACUCAUUCAACCGAUUCCGUUCAUAUUUCACAAAUAGAAGGUUUCCAAUGAAAUUCAAACGUCGACUUUAUACAAAAUGUGUGGAACCUUGUCUCCUCUACGGCUGUGAAACUUGGGCUACAAGAAGCAAAGAUCUCAAGGCGCUACAGAUAGCUCAACGGCAAAUAAUGAGAAGAAUGCUCGGUGUAGCUCUUCUUAUGCAUCUUACGAACUUGUGGCUGGAAAAUACUGCAAAACUCCCAGAUAUCAGGGCUAGAGCGAUUGAAAGAAAGUGGACAUGGGCCAGAAAAAUGUGUACUGCAAAGGACAACCGAUGGACGAAGAUGAUUACCGAAUGGAGACCAUGGAUUUGGAAACGACAAGUUGGCCGACCAAAAACAAGAUGGAGAGAUUCGUUCGUAUCGGACUUUGGAGAAACAUGGAUGCGAACCGCUACUACCGAUGUGAGCAGAUGGAGACAAAGCAUGCAACGACACAUUGUAACAUUGUGA